GGAGGAAAAGUGGGGGUGGCAGCGCCAGAAAGCGAAAGCGGGCGAGAUCAUCACAUCAUCAUCAUCAUCAUCAUCAUCAUCCGAUGUGAGUGACUCCUGCGUGGAAUCAUGUGAGCGAGGAUGGAAGUGCAGAGCUGCGACUGUGGAGUGACACAGCUUUUUUCUACCCAGCGAGUCAACGUGAUAGGACCAGCGUCCUCCUGAAGAUACUUCACCUGGCGACCAUGGUCUCGGGCCUCCACGUCUGAUUCCCCCAUGCUUACCUUCCACCUGACCGUGCUUCUGGCCGCGCUGCUGUGGGGGCCGCGGGGGUCCGAGGGACAGAACGACACGGAGCCCAUCAUCCUGGAGGGGAAGUGCCUGGUGGUCUGCGACUCCACGCCCUCGUCGGAGCCCGCCGGCAACGCCCUGGGCAUGUCUGUGCGCUCGGGCAGCGGCCGGGUGGCCUUCUCCGCCAGCCGCCAGACCAACCACGAGCCGACAGACAUGAGCAAUCGCACCAUGAUCAUCUACUUCGAUAAUAUCCUGGUGAACGUGGGCGGUCAUUUUGAUCAAGAGAGCAGUGUCUUCCUGGCACCAAGAAGGGGCGUUUACAGCUUCAACUUCCACGUCGUCAAGGCCUACAACAGACAGACUAUUCAGGUCAGCUUGAUGGUCAACGGCUGGCCCAUGAUCUCCGCCUUCGCCGGGGACCAGGACGUGACCAGGGAGGCGGCCACGAACGCCGGCCUGGUGAUUAUGGAAAAGGGCGACAAAGCCUAUCUCCGACUGGAGCGGGGUAACCUGAUGGGCGGCUGGAAGUACUCCACUUUUUCCGGGUUCCUGGUCUUCCCCUUGUAAGAAGACCAGGGCGGCGCAUUUUUUUGCAGUUCUUUCGACGGCGCAUGUGAGCUUCCUCCCCGCUAAAAUGUGUCAUUAUUUUCUGUUUUAUUUCGUAUGACUGACAUCGGAGUCGUGCAAAUUGUGAAGUAAGCAUGUGCGUUUGUGGGCGUCAUGAUGUAACUUUCAAAACCUUUUAGUUUGUUAUGGCCGCUCUUUUUUUGCCUGCACAGACGUAAGGAUAAACUGUUGCAAUAUUGACAAUAACGACACAAAAAUGCUGUUUUAUUACUUUAAAACUUAUCGAUCAAUUCAAGGCUCCAAUUACUUCACAUUAAAUAUUUCAGUUAGAAUAUUUUUUUUCGGGUAAAAUAUUGCAUAUUUUGUGUGUUUGCCGUAUAAAUAAAAGAAGGUAAAAACAUUUAAAAAAACAACAAAAAAACUCAUAAUCAAUAAAGUUAAAGUAAAAACUUUAAAGUUAUUGUCAGGUGUGGUGAAAUUUGUCCUCUGCAUCCCCUCAUCCACCCCCUGGGAGGUGAGGAGAGCAGUGAGCAGCAGCGGUGCUGCGCCCGUGAAUCAUUUUUGGUGAUUUAACCCCCAAUUCCAACCCUUGAUGCUGAGUGCCAAACAGGGAGGUAAUGGCUCCCGUUUUUAUAGUCUUUGGUAUGACUCGGCCGGGAUUUGAACUCACUGAGUAGGUCAGAAAGAUGGAUCUGAAGUUGAUCUAGACCAGGGGCCGGUUUCGUGCGAAAUUCUGUAUCCAUGAAAUAUUUAGUAUCCCAUACCGGGGGCGCGCACAUGGGGGAAAAGUACUUCCGUUUUGGUUCACUAUGUAUUCAGUCUUCUGAUAGAUUAUAAAAUAACACUAAUAUAAUGGGAACAAACCAAAAAAACAAAACGAAACAAAUAUGAUGCCAAAAAAUAUGUGUAUGUUUAUAUUUUGGGAUUUGAACUCACAACCUACCGAUCUCAGGGCAGACACUCGAACCACUAGGCCACUGAGUAGGUCUAGACCAGAGGUGCCUGUUACGUCGUAUCAGUGUCGUGCGAAAUUCUGUAUCCAUGAAAUAUUUAGUAUUCCCUACCGGGGGCGCGCACAUGGGGGCACAGUACUUCCGUUUUGGUUCACUAUGUAUUCAGUCUUCUGAUAGAUUAUAAAAUAACACCAAUAUAAUGGGAACAAACAUAAAAAAACAAAACGAAACAAAUAUUAUGCCAGAAAAUAUGUGUAUGUUUAUAUUUUGGGAUUUGAACUCACAACCUACCGAUCUCGGGGUGGACACUCCAACCACUAGGCCACUGAGUAAGUCCAGACCAGGGGUGCCUGUUACGCCGAUAUCGGUGUCGUGCGAAAUUCUGUAUCCAUGAAAUAUUUAGUAUCCCCUACCGGUGGCGCGCAAAUUGGGGGCGGAGCUCUGUGCCUUGUUCAGACAGCGGCAGCACUUACGUUUUGGUUCACUAUGUAUUCAGUCUUCUGAUAGAUUAUAAAAUAACACCAAUAUAAUGGGAACAAACAUAAAAAAACUAAACGAAACAAAUAUUAUGCCAGAAAAUGUGUGUGUUUAUAUUUUGGGAUUUGAACUCACAACCUACCGACCUCGGGGCGGACAUUCUAGCCACUAGGCCACUGAGUAGGUCCAGACCAGGGGUGCCCAUCACGUUGAUAUCGGUGUUGUGCGAAAAACUGUAUCCAUGAAAUAUUUAGUAUCCCCUACCGGGGGCGCGCACAUGGGGGCGGAGCUCUGUGACUUGUUCAGACAGCGGCAGCACUUCCGUUUUGGUUCACUAAGUAUUCAGUCCUCUGAUAGAUCAUAAAAUAACACCAACAUAAUGGCAACAAACCAAAAAAACAAAACGAAACAAUUAUAAUGCCGGAAAAUAUGUGUGUGUUUGUAUUCCGGGGUUUGAACUCACAAACUACCAAUCUUAGGGCGGACACUCUAACCACUAAGCCACUGAGUAGGUCGGUUAAAUGGAUCUGAAGUUGAUCUAAACCAGGGGUGCCCGUCACGUCCCCAUCGGUGUCGUGCAAAAUUAUGUAUCCAUGACAUAUUUAGUAUCCCCUACCGGGGGCGCGCACAUGGGGGCGGAGCUCUGUGACUUGUUCAGAAAGAGGCAGCACUUCCGUUUUGGUUCACUAUGUAUUAAGUCUUCUGAUGGAUUAUAAAAUAACACCAAUAUAAUGGGAACAAACCCAAAAAACAAAACGAAACAAAUAUUAUGCCAGAAAAUAUGUGUAUGUCUAUUUUCCUCAGGCUAUGUACUAACAUCAUGUGGAUUAUACUGUAUGUACAGACUUGGCAUUAUACACAACUUGUGAAUUUGGACUGAUUUUAUUAAUUACAAAAAAAAAGUUAGUAGGGGAUACAUAAAUUACACUAUAUUGCCAAAAGUAUUGACUUGACUCACAUAUGAACUUGAAGUGCCAUCCCAUUCCUAACCCAUAGGGUUCAACAUAAUGUGGGUCCAACUUUUGCAGCUAUUACAGCUUCAACUCUCUUGGGAAGGCUGUCCUCAAGGUUGCAGAGUGUGUUUAUCUUCCAAAAGCGCAUUGGUGAGGUCACACUGAGAAGGCCUCUCUUCUAAUUCAUUCCAAAGGUGUGCUAUCGGGUUCAGGUCAGGACUCUGUGCAGGCCAGUCAAGUUCACCCACACCGGACUCUGUCAUCCAUCUCUUCUGGUGCGCAGUCAUAUCGGAAGAGGAAGAGGCUCGCUCCAAACUGUUCCCACACGUUUGGGAGCAUGGAAUUGUCCAAAAUGUUCAUUCAAAGUUCCUUUCACUUGGAACUAAGGGCCCAAGCCAAACUCCUGGAAAAACAACCCCACACCAUAAUUCCUCCUCCACCAAAUUUCCCACUCAAUACAGUCCAAAAUGUACCGUUCUACUGUCCACCUCCAAACCCGGACCCGUCCAUCAGUUUGCCAGAUGACAAAGCAUGAUUCAUCACUCCGGAGAGGCCGUUUCCACUGCUCUAAAGUCCAGUGGCGACAUGAUUUACACCACUGCAUCCCACGCUUUGCAUCGGACUUGGUGAUGUAUGUCUUAGAUGCAGCUGCCCAGCCAUGGAAACCCAUUCCACGGCGCCCUCUGCGUACUGCGCGUGGGCUAAUUUGGAGGUCACAUGAAAUUUGGAGCUCUGCAGCAACUAUGCUGACCCCUCCUCUGUCAUCUUAUGUGGCCUACCACUUGGUGGCUGAGUUGCUGUUGUUCGCAAACUCUUCCAUUUUUUUAAUAAUAGUUGACUUUGGAAUAUUUAAAAAACUUAAAGGAAACUUCACGACUGGAUUUAUUCUUUCACAAAUGUUUGUAGAAACAAUCUCCAAGUGCUCGAUUUGAUACACCUGUGAUUAUUACACCUGAUUCUCAUCAUUUGGAUGGGUGGCCAAAUACUUUUGGCAAUAUAGUGUAUUUCUGUGCUCCCAUAAAAUGUGUCCCCCCACUCUUUUUUCCUUAAUUGAUAUACUAACGUGUUUUAUUUUGUAGAUACAACAAAACUUGUUAAUUUGAACUGAUGUUAUUACCCUUUUUUAAAAUUAAUAAUGCAUUAAUUUAAAAAAAAAAAAGGUUAAUAGAGUUUACAUAAUCGUUAAUAACACGAAAGUGCUGCCGCUGUCUGAGCAAGGCACUAAGCUCCGCCCCCCGGUGGAAAUUAGCGAUCAUUAAUCGUCACCAUGACAUCACUUCCGCCGCUUGAUUGACAUUCACGGCACCCGAAAGACUUGUGCCAGAUCAUUAUUAAGCAAAAAAAUGACAGAGAGGAAGGUAAGAAACACUUUUUUUUAUUCCAACACACUCUCGCGCCGUUAAAAAGCUUAAAAACCGACUCGCGCCGUUCCUGUCUUCACAAUAAAAGCGCUAACAAAAUAAGGGUCUCGAAAGCUAGCGAGCACAACAAGCUACAACGUGUUUCUUUUAAAGUGUAUACAAAAACACGUUUUAUCUCAAAAAACGCCGUCAAAACUUUAAAGACCAUGGUACCAUUUAGUGGUCAAAUGUACUGAAUAUGUACUAUACUGUGUAAUAUACUAAUAAAAGUUUUAAUCAAACACACACAAAAAAAACGGCCGCUCAGUUCCUGUUUUCAAAAUAAAAGCACCGCUUCAUCCGGCCGGCGCUAGCAAAAUAAGAGUCUCCGAAAGCUUGCGAGCACAACAAGCUACAAAGUUUGCCGCUAUUGUGUUUCUUGUAAAGCAGGGGUCACCAACGCGGUGACCGCUGGCACCAGGUCGCCCGUAAGAACCUGAUGAGUCGCCCGCUGGCCUGUUCUAAAAAUAGCUCAAAAAGCAGCACUUACCAGUGAGCUGCCUCUAUUUAUUUAAAUUGUAUUUAUUUACUAUCAAGCUGGUCUCGCUUUGCUCGACAUUUUUAAUUCUAAGAGAGACAAAACUCAAAUAGAAUAUGGAAAGCCAAAAAAACAUUUUAAAGACUUGGUCUUCACUUGUUUAAAUCAUUAUUUUUUUUACUUUGCUUCUUAUAACUUUCAGAAAGACAAUUUUAGAGAAAAAAUACAACCUUAAAAAUGAUUUUGGGGUUUUUAAACACAUAUACCUUUUUACCUUUUAAAUUCCUUCCUCAUCUUUCCUGACAAUUGAAAUCAAUGUUCAAGUAAAUUUAUUGUUUUGAUUGUAAAGAAUAAUAAAUACAUUUUAAUUUCAUUCUUCAUUUUAGCUUGUGUUUUUUCGACGAAGAAUAUUUGUUAAACAUUUCUUCAUCUUAUUAUGAUUAAAAUUAAAAAAAAUUAUUCUGGCAAAUCUAGAAAAUCUGUAGAAUCAAAUUUAAAUCUCAUUUCAAAUUUCUUUUAAAAUUUUUGUUUCUGGAAAAUCUAGAAGAAAUAAUGAUUUGUCCCUGUUAGAAAUAGAGCUUGAUCCAAUUUGUUAUAUAUUCUAACAAAGUGCAGAUUGGAUUUUAACCUAUUUAAAACAUGUCAUCAAAAUUCUAAAAUUAAUCUUAAUCAGGAAAAAAGACUAAUGAUGUUCCAUAAAUUCUUUUUUUAAUUUUUUCAAAACGAUUCGAAUUAGCUAGUUUUUCUCUUCUUUUUUUUCGGUCGAAUUUUGAAUUUUAAAGAGUCGAAAUUGAAGAUAAACUAUGUUUCAAAAUUUAAUUUUCAUUUUUUUCGUGUUUUGUCCUCUUUUAAACCGUUCAAUUAAGUGUUUUUUUCAUCAUUUAUUCUCUACAAAAAACCUUCCGUAAAAGGAAAAAAAAUGUACGACGGAAUGAAAGACAGAAAUACCCAUUUUUUAUAUAUAUAUAUAGAUUUAUUUAUCAAAGGUAUAUUAAGGAAAUUGGCUAUUUUUGGGAAUUUAUUUAAGUGUGUAUCAAACUGGUAUCCCUUUGCAUUAAUCAGUACCCAAGAAGUAGCUCUUGCUUUCAAAAAGGUUGGUGACCCCUGUUGUAAAGUAUAUAAAAAGUAGUAUGGACGCUGGACAAAUAAGAUGGCUAAAAUAACCACUUUCAUGUAGUAUUGGACAGAAUUUUUUCUCUCCUAUUUAAAAAUGUGGACGUUAUCAUCACUACUGUCUGAUUCCCAUCAAUGCAAGUCAUCAGAAUCAGGUAAUACACCAACUUAUAUUCUUGUCUUCUUGAAAGAAAGGAAUUAAACAUGCUUGUAUUAUCAUUCAACACCUUUAAGUUGAAAUUAAAGUAGAAAUCAAUGAGGAGAGCAGAGAGCAAAAGCAUUGGCCGCGCUCAGGAAUCAUUUUUGGUGAUUUAACCCCCAAUUCCAACCCUUAAUGCUGAGUGCCAAAUAGGUGGGGUAAUGGGUCUCGUUUUUAGAGUAACUUGUUAACAAAAACGUCUCUUUCAUAAAUUAAAUAUAAGAAUUAUCAAUUGAUCACUUGGUCAACUGAAAAGUAAAAUGUGUGGGCCCUCCUGGUUUAUUUAUAUAAGACUUAUUGAACCCCUGAGACUUUAAGUUGUUUUUUUUUUUAACUGACAUUGUUCUAAAAACAAAAAUUCAACCAAAAUCAAUGUGAUUGGCUCCACGUUUAACCUUUUUAGGGGGAAAUAUUGCGUAUUUUGUAUUUUUGCCACACACAACAUGAUUUCAUUUGACAAAAAAAGAACAUAAAAGAUAAUAAACAUUUAAACCUGUAACUCUGAAGUAAUUUAGAAGUACAAAAAAAUUAAUAUAUGACUUAUUUUCAACAUUUUUGAACCCCAAGGACCUUUAGUCUUUUGAUUUUUGCUCAUAUUUUUGCUCCAAAAAAUAAUAAUGCAUUAAAAUCAAUGUUGGUAUGAAAUAUUUCAGUUCAAAUAUUUUUGGGGGGAAAAUAUUGCAUUUUUUGUGUGCUUGCCAUAUCAAUAAAAUAAGGUAAAAACAUUUAAAAAAAAACAAUUUGUAUUCGCCAAAUAGAUCUGAAGUUGAUUUAGACAUUCAAACAUAUUGAUAUGGGAGUUAUUUUUAACACUUUUUUGUACCCUUGAGACUUUAAGUCAGUUUUUUUUUUUAACUGACAUUUCUCUUAAAACAAAAAUUCAACCAAAAUCAAUGUUAUUGGCUCCACUUUUAACCUUUUUAGGGGGAAAUAUUGCAUAUUUGGGGUUUUUGCCAUACACAACAUGGUUUCCUUUGACAAAAAAAGACCAUAAAAGAUAAUAAACAUUUAAACUUGUAACUCUGAAGUAAGUUAGAAGUUAAAAAAAAAUUUAUAUAUGACUUAUUUUCAACAUUUUUGAACCCCAAGGACCUUUAGUUGUUGAUUUUUGCUCAUAUUUUUGCUCCAAAAAAUAAUAAUGCAUUAAAAUCAAUGUUGGUAUGAAAUAUUGCAUAUUUUGUGUGCUUGCCAUAUCAAUAAAAUAAGGUAAAAACAUUAAAAAAAAGCUAUUUGUAUUUGACAAAUAGAUCUGAAGUUGAUUUAGACAUUUAAACAUAUUGAUAUGGGAGUUAUUUUUAACACUUUUUUGAACCCCUUGAGACUCUAAGUCAGUUUUUUUUUAACUGACAUUGCUCUAAAAACAAAAAUUCAACCAAAAUCAAUGUUAUUGGCUCCACUUUUAACCUUUUUAGGGGGAAAUAUUGCAUAUUUAGUGUUUUUGCCAUACACAACAUGGUUUCCUUUGACAAAAAAGACCAUAAAAGAUAAUAAACAUUUAAACUUGUAACUCUGAAGUAAGUUAGAAGUUAAAAAAAAUUAACAUAUGACUUAUUUAUAACAUUUUUGAACCCCUGGGAUCUUUUAAUCUUUUGAUUUUUGCUCAAAAAAAUAAUAAUGCAUUAAAACCAAUGUUGGUAUGAAUUAUUGAUAUCAAAUAUUUCAGUUUGAAUAUUUUUUUGGGGAACAUAUUGCAUAUUUUGUGUGCUUGCCAUAUGAAUAAAAUAAGGUAAAAAUAUAUUUAAAAAAAAUGUGUUAUAGACAAAGAUAUCUGAAGUUGAUUUAGACAUUUAAACACAUUGAUAUGGGAGUUAUUUUUAGCACUUUUUUGUACCCUUGAGACUUUAAGUUUUUUUUUUUUUAACUGACAUUGCUCUAAAAACAAAAAUUCAACCAAAAUCAAUGUUAUUGGCUCCACUUUUAAUCUUUUUAGGGGGAAAUAUUGCAUAUUUAGUGUUUUUGCCAUACACAACAUGGUUUCCUUUGACAAAAAGACCAUAAAAGAUAAUAAACAUUUAAACUUGUAAGUUAGAAGUUAAAAAAAAAUAAUAUAUGACUUAUUUUCAACAUUUUUGAACCCCAGGGACCUUUAGUCUUUUGAUUUUUGCUCAAAAAAAUAAUAAUGCAUUAAAAUCAAUGUUGGUAUGAAUUAUUGAAAUCAAAUUUUUCAGUUUGAAUAUUUUUUGGGGGGAAAUAUUGCAUAUUUUGUGUGCUUGCCAUAUGAAUAAAAUAAGGUAAAAACAUGAAAAAAAACAAUUUGUAAUCAACAAAUAGAUCUGAAGUUGAUUUAGACAUUUAAACAUAUUGAUAUGGGAGUUAUUUUUAACACUUUUUUGGACCCCUAAGACUUUUAAGUCAGUUUUUUUUUAACUGACAUUGCUCUUAAAACAAAAAUUCAACCAAAAUCAAUGUUAUUGGCUCCACUUUUAACCUUUUUAGGGGGAAAUAUUGCAUAUUUAGUGUUUUUGCCAUACACAACAUGGUUUCCUUUGACAAAAAAAGACCAUAAAAGAUAAUAAACAUUUAAACUUGUAACUCUGAAGUAAGUUAGAAGUAAAACAAAAUUGGAUAUGACUUAUUUUCAACAUUUUUGAACCCCAAGGACCUUUAGCUGUUGAUUUUUGCUCAUAUUUUUCCUCAAAAAAAUAAUAAUGCAUUAAAAUCAAUGUUGGUAUGAAUUAUUGACAUCAAAUUUUUCAGUUUGAAUAUUUUUGGGGGGAAAAUAUUGCAUAUUUUGUGUGCUUGCCAUAUCAAUAAAAUAAGGUGAAAACAUUUAAAAAAGCAAUUUGUUAUCGACAAAUAGAUCUGAAGUUGAUUUAGACAUUUAAACAUAUUGAUAUGGGAGUUAUUUUUAACAUUUUUUGUGAACCCCUGAGACUUUAAGUUAGUUUUUUUUAACUGACAUUGUUCUAAAAACAAAAAUUCAACCAAAAUCAAUGUUAUUAGCUCCACGUUUAACCUUUUUAGGGGGAAAUAUUGCGUAUUUUGUAUUUUUGCCACACACAACAUGAUUUUAUGUGACAAAAAAAGAACAUAAAAGAUAAACAUUUAAACUUGUAACUCUGAAGUAAGUUAGAAGUAAAACAAAAAUGAAUAUAUGACUUAUUUUCAACAUUUUUGAACCCCAAGGACCUUUAGCUGUUGAUUUUUGCUCAUAUUUUUCCUCCAAAAAACAAUAAUGCAUUAAAAUCAAUGUUGGUAUGAAUUAUUGAAAUCAAAUAUUUCCGUUUGAAUAUUUUUGGGGGAAAAUAUUGCAUAUUUUGUGUGCUUGCCAUAUCAAUGAAAUAAGGUAAAAACAUAAAAAAAAGCAAUUUGUAUAUGACAAAUAGAUCUGAAGUUGAUUUAGACAUUUAAACAUAUUCAUAUGGGAGUUAUUUUUAACAUUUUUUUGAAUCCCAGAUAGAUUAAGUCAGGUUUUUUUUAACUGAAAUUGUUCUAAAAACAAAAAUUCAACCAAAAUCAAUGUUAUUGGCUCCACUUUUAACCUUUUUAGGGGGAAAUAUUGCAUAUUUGGGGUUUUUGCCAUACACAACAUGGUUUCCUUUGACAAAAAAGAACAUAAAAGAUAAUAAACAUUUAAACUUGUAACUCUGAAGUAAGUUAGAAGUUACAAAAAUGAAUAUAUGACUUAUUUUCAACACUUUUGAACCCCAUGGACCUUAAGUUGUUGAUUUUUGCUCAUAUUUUUGCUCCAAAAAAUAAUAAUGUAUUAAAAUCAAUGUUGGUAUGAAUUAUUGACAUCAAAUAUUUCAGUUUGAAUAUUUUUUGGGGGAAAAUAUUGCAUAUUUUGUGUGCUUGCCAUAUCAAUAAAAUAAGGUAAAAACAUUAAAAAAAAGCUAUUUGCAUUCGCCGAAUAGAUCUUAAGUUGAUUUCGACAUUUAAACAUAUUGAUAUGGGAGUUAUUUUUAACACUUUUUGUGAACCCCUGAGACUUUAAGUCAGUUUUUUUUUAACUGACAUUGCUCUAAAAACAAAAAUUCAACCAAAAUCAAUGUUAUUGGCUCCACUUUUAACAUUUUUAGGGGGAAAUAUUGCAUAUUUAGUGUUUUUGCCAUACACAACAUGGUUUCCUUUGACAAAAAAAGACCAUAAAAGAUAAUAAACAUUUAAACUUGUAACUCUGAAGUAAGUUAGAAGUUAAAAAAAUGAAUAUAUGACUUAUUUUCAAAAUUUUUGAACCCCAAGGACCUUUAGUCUUUUGAUUUUUGCUCAUAUUUUUGCUCCAAAAAAUAAUAAUGCAUUAAAAUCAAUGUUGGUGUGAAAUAUUUCAGUUUAAAUAUUUUUUUGGGGAACAUAUUGCAUAUUUUGUGUGCUUGCCAUGUCAAUAAAAUAAGGUAAAAACAUUCAAAGAAGCAAUUCGUAUUCGCCAAAUAGAUCUGAAGUUUAUUUAGACAUUUAAACAUAUUGAUAUGGGAGUUAUUUUUAACACUUUUUUGGACCCCUAAGACUUAGUCAUUUUUUUUUAACUGACAUUGCUCUAAAAACAAAAAUUCAACCAAAAUCAAUGGUAUUGGCUCCACUUUUAACCUUUUUAGGGGGAAAUAUUGCAUAUUUAGUGUUUUUGCCAUACACAACAUGGUUUCCUUUGACAAAAAAGAACAUACAAGAUGAUAAACAUUUAAACUUGUAACUCUGAAGUAAGUUAGAAGUUAAAAAAAAAAGAAUAUAUGACUUAUUUUCAACAUUUUUGAACCCCAGGGACCUUUAGUCUUUUGAUUUUUAGUCAUAUUUUUGCUCCAAAAAAUAAUAAUGCAUUUAAAUCAAUGUUGGUAUGAAAUAUUUCAGGUCAAAUAUUUUUGGGGGGAAAAUAUUGCAUUUUUUGUGUUCUUGCCAUAUCAAUAAAAUAAGGUAAAAACAUUAAAAAAAAACAAUUCGUAUUCGACAAAUAGAUCUGAAGUUGAUUUAGACAUUUAAACAUAUUGAUAUGGGAGUUAUUUUUAACACUAUUUUGAACCCCUGAGACUUUAAGUCAGUUUUUUUAACUGACAUUGCUCUAAAAACAAAAAUUCAACCAAAAUCAAUGUUAUUGGCUCCACUUUUAACCUUUUUAGGGGGAAAUAUUGCAUAUUUUGUGUUUUUGCCAUACACAACAUGGUUUCCUUUGACAAAAAAAGACCAUAAAAGAUAAUAAACAUUUAAACUUGUAACUCUGAAGUAAGUUAGAAGUUAAAAAAAAUAAUAUAUGACUUAUUUUUAACAUUUUUGAACCCCAAAGACCUUUAGUCGUUGAUUUUUGCUCA